AGCCUGCCAACUUUCUGUGCUUGUCCUGCACGAAGGAAGAGCUACAGUAUAAUAAGCAUAAAGUUAGUUUGCCAUCGGAAAUGCUGGCACCAGCGAACCUUUGUGCCAACCGUGAUUGUGUUUGUAGAACAAUAAUUGUGACAUCUGAAUUUCUAACACGACAAGUGUCCUACCGACAUCAGGUUCCACCCGGUUUCUGUAACAGCCAUUGGCAUUGGGCUCUAUCCGUGGGUCUCUCUGCAGUUGUGGAAACAAGAAGUUGCCGUCAAUGGAACGCAGCAUGAUGAAUGCAACAGGUGUUGGCUCCUGGGUAGCGCACUUGCCUCCGCGCAAAGCACUCUGGUCCUGUAUCAUAGAACAAGGCAUCCAUGUGGGACGUACUCGAACGUGAUCUCUGACACACCCACGGUGGAUCGCAUGGAGCGGCAUCUCAAGAGUCGUACCCGCCUGCUGGACUUGAUCGGCAGUUACCCCAAGGUUGUCCUGCUGUCUGGAGAUGUUCACUAUGCUGAAGUGAACUGCUGGAAAUCCGAGCAGUCCAACGGGCAUGCCGUUCAUGAGCUGACAUCCAGCGGCAUGACGCACACCUGUCUCAACUGGGGUAUUCCGCCACUAGACAAGCUCUGCCAUCUCACUCUGGAGCUUGUGCUGCAAUCUAAGUAUAGGGUUUCACCACAACUUCUCAAGAAGAACUUUGGCACUUUGGAAUUUGACUGGCAAGAUGAAAAGGGCAAGGUGACCUUCAAUGCACACAGUGCUGAUGGUGUGGAGUUCUCAUACCCAGUGACCGUUUCUGAGCUGAGUUCGACUGUGGCAAAGUGUCCGCCGGUAGUCUCCAAGCCGCAGCCCGUGCACGUCUUCUGGUUCUGCUUUGCCGGUCUCUUCACCGGCGUCUUUGUGACCGCGUACAUGUUGCUCCAGCUGUUCAAGUCUCUGCUGCGAGCCACCUCAUCCAUGAGCCGUGGUUCACCCAGCUCAGGCACCAGCAAGAAAGUGCAGAAGAAAAGGCAGUGAUCGUGUCCUGCCUGUUCGAUGCUCUACGCCAUCUGCUUCCACGCAGUCUGUCCUUGUCACGCGCAGGUGGAGCAUAUCAACCGUUGUCCCGUCACAGCCACGUAAGCUGCAGUGUUGGGUUCCUUGCCUGCUGAGCCCAGUGGCGUAGCCAGGGGGGGUGCUUUGGGUGCCCAAGCACCCCCCUCAAAAAUUUCAACAAUUGUCUGUAUUAUAUUCUGGGUCUAACCACACCCUGUCAAUCUCUUACCAUCCAACUUCUGUAGCAAAGUACUGUGCGUUUCAUACGAUUAUCUGACUUUUUAUUGAAUCAUUGGUGGAAUGGAAAAUAAUGAAAUAGAUGCAAAAAUGAAGGAUUUGGCACUCAAUAU